CUUGUCGCAGUUGCUAUUCUUUGCUAAACAAUAACGAGAAAAUUGAUAUAAUCAACUAUUUUUAUCACAUUUCUCAGAAAUUGGCGCAAAACAUAAAAUCAGAAAUACUAAUUUAUUAGGUUAACUAUUUUGAUAAUGUGAUAUUAAGUGAACCCAUGGCUUCCAAUGUGCAAGAUUCACCUGUAUAUCAGCAGACGUUCGUUGAGGAGAUUGAUUAUAAUGAAAUUCAAGAGUUAACGGUCGUUGGAAAGGGAGCAUUUGGAGUGGUAUGGAAGGGCCUAUGGCGGAACAAAUUUGUAGCUGUUAAACAUAUAAACUCAGAAGUUGAAAGAAGGGAGUUCGCUAUCGAAGUCCGUCAGCUGUCGCGUGUUUCUCAUCCCAAUAUUGUAAGGCUAUAUGGCGCUUGUACUCAAGGGGCUCAGGUUUGCCUUGUUAUGGAAUAUGCAGAAGGUGGUUCACUAUACAAUGUUCUCCAUAAUCGUCCAAAGCCUAAAUAUUCAGCAGCUCAUGCUAUGAGUUGGGCCCGACAAUGUGCAGAGGGUGUAGCCUACCUUCAUGCAAUGAAGCCUAAGCCAUUGAUACAUAGGGACUUAAAACCACCAAACCUUUUAUUAGUUGCUGGUGGGCAAAAACUUAAAAUAUGUGAUUUUGGUACAGCGGCUGAUAAAGCUACUUAUAUGACAAAUAAUAAGGGCAGUGCAGCAUGGAUGGCCCCAGAGGUGUUCGAAGGGUCAUCAUAUACAGAAAAAUGUGAUGUUUUUUCAUGGGGUAUAAUAUUAUGGGAAGUAUUAUCCAGAAGGAAACCAUUUGAAGAAGGAGGUUCUGCAUUUCAAAUUAUGUGGGCAGUACAUACAGGUCAGCGGCCAGUUCUUAUCGAGGGUUGCCCAGAACCGAUAGAGCAGUUGAUGACACAAUGCUGGCAUAAAAUACCAGCAGAGAGACCUAGUAUGGUUAAGGUUGUGGAAAUAAUGGCAGCUUUAAGUGAAUUUUUUCCCGGUGCUGAUACGCCAAUCAAUUACGACGAUCUCGAAGCUGACGAUUCAGAAUAUUUAGAUGAUGACUUCGGUCCAUACAGUACACAGGACAGCUUCGAAACGGAGAGUAUCGUCCGGAGCCACAACCCAAACUUCACCUAUGAGAGUUCAACCCACCCCGUCGUAUAUAGAAAUAACGAGACGCCCAACUCCCCGCGACCACGGAGCUUCGUCGAGACGCAGGUCAGCAAGCUUCAAAAUCUAAUGGCGGCCGAGUCUCAACCCAAACCGACCGCCAGAGACGACGCCGACGCGCAGAGAGCGGCUGUCAAAAUACCGCAGCCGUUCAAGAGGCCGGAAUCGCAUUUAGAGCCCGGGCGGUCCGGCAACCGGACGCCCACCUCGCCCGGCGAGCGCGCGGGCGCGGCCGGCGAGGCGGGCACGCCGCAGGACACGCUGCGGGUGUUCCGCAGCCCCGCCGUGUUCAGCGAGAGCUCCUCCCCGCGGGGCAUCUCGCCGCUCGCCAACUACAACGUCGGCAACAUGAACCCGCGCCACAUGGACAUCGAGCAGUACUGGAGCCGCGAGAGCGACAAGCUGUCCCCGGCGCGGACGCCCUCCGCGCUCAGCACCACCAACUCCACGAGGAAGGAGGACUACAACCAGAACUACUGUGAUAGAUUAAGCGUUGGAAACGGUCCGAUGACACCGAUGAAGGAGUACAAUGGUAACUCACCGAGGCUGCCGAUGGAUGCGAGAUAUGCGACUCCUUUACAGAUUGAAGUCGAUCCUAAUGUGUGGGAACUAAAGGAUUUCAGAGACUCGCUUGGCUACGACGAUUAUAUGGAUAUCCGGAACAACGCUGGCUUCGAUAAUAUACCAGUUGGUAACAGUAGCGGUUCAACCCCCGCGGAGGGCGCCGCGCCGCCGCCGUCCGAGCCCGAUCCCGAUCUGGACUCCAUUCACAUGAUGCUGGACCCACACUUGCGACCAAUCUCGCCGGACCUCAACAACGAGGAGUCCAAACGCAUCUUUGAAGAACACAAACAGUUGGCCCAGGAGUAUCUUAAAAUACAAACUGAACUAGCUUAUCUAAGCAAUCACAAGUCAGAGCUAGAAGAUCAAAUGGAUGAUGAGGAACUCCAACAGAAGAGAGAGAUCAUACAAUUAGAGAAAGAAAAGGACUCGUUAAUCAAACUGUACUGCACAUUGAAGAAGCAGUGUCCGCGAGUAGACAACGACAGCUGGCUACACCCGGAGGACCUCCCGCACGAGUGACGCGCGCGCGCGCCGCCGGGGCCGCUGACGUCACGCACUGCGCACACACUCGCACCGCUCGCACGGACUUUACGCGGACAUAAGUGCACGUCAUUGUUUGAAUAUUAUGACAUGAGCGACACGGUCGCGUCACGUUAUGUGAUCGAAAAACGCGAAUUUGUCUUCUGACCAAAACCUUCUAGUCAAGAGAAACAGGGAUGUAGAUUGUGCAUUUUAUAAUUACAAAAACCGUUUUAAUAUUUCCAUGAUCGUAAUAAGUACCUUAUCAUAUUCAAUAAAUAUGUACUCAAAGAAUCUUACGAAAAUGUGUAGUGCAGUGCACAGGACUUGCUUUACGGCAUAAUCCGUAAAGUUUGAUUAAAAUAUUGAUCUCAAGUCACAAAACGAGCCUUCAUCAUCGGUAUUUUACAGGUUAUUUUUAUAUUGUGUGUACGUACUCCAAGCCUUAUAUUGGAUACGCUUUUGUAUGAACAAAUUCACUGCCUAGUUCAUAAGUACGAAAUUAAUUUUCCUAGUAGAUUUUUUUUGGUUUGUUGUUUAUUGUAUUGAACACAACUUUAACAAAUGUUACUUCAAUUCGUUUUUUUAUUUCAAUAUUAUUGUAUUACUCUAUAAAAGGGCACGUUUUAGUGCCGUUUUAUUGAAUUGGAAUUCUAAAUAUAAAUAUUAUUUAUUUGGAUAAUAAACAAGAUGAUAAAAUAUAUUUUAAUAUAAAACCUUGUAAAGAGCUUAUGUGUGUAUGCAUACUUCAUUUAUGUAUUUAAGAUAGUAUUAGUAGGUAUAAUGUAUUGUUAAGUUUAAUAAAUAAUA